AUGCUACGCCAAUUUCCUUCAACUCAGACAAUAUUUCCUCGAAAGGAUCUUCUAGCAAAGGAACUAACAUCUCAUGUUGUCUACAAUAUUAGCUGUAAACAUUGUCCAGCAUCCUACAUCGCAAAGACUUUUCGUCAACCAGAAAGACGUUUUGCUGAACAUGAUGCUGCAUCGAUUUCGAUUGAACGUGCAUUAUUAAUAGUUGUUGAAGUAAAACCAAUUGAAUUACAAAAAUCAUUUCAAUCGACAUCAACCAUUAAAAUAUCUUGA